CAUUCGAGUUGCCAGGGCGACGGGUAACCGUUGAGACCUAGUAAGGACGAGUUGGGGUUUUUUUUUUAAACCGUUCCCGCAUCCUCCCAGCCAACGUUCAAGAAAAACGCGGUGCGGUCCAAGCCUAUUAAAAGACAAUGGCUGUUCCAUUCUCCAACACAACUCAACGCAUUCCUCGAGGAUUUGCAAAUCUGCUUGAAGGGCUUGCCAGAGAAGUUUUGAGGAACCAACCGGAAGACAUACCAUCCUUCGCCGCCAAGUAUUUUGAAACUCUCCUUAUCGAAAGAGAAAAAACUGGAUAUGACCCAAGUGAAUGGGGCGCAAAGCUAGAGGAUAGAUACUACAACAAUCGUGCUUUCAACGAACCUGCCACCCCAGGAGGAGAUGGUCAAAAAGAAGAUAAGAAACAAGAAUCUGCUCAAUCAGAGGAGGAAGCCAAGGCAUCAGACACCACUGAGGAAAGUGUUCCUAAAUUAACAGAAGAGCAAGCGGCUACAAAAAUUCAGGCCAACUACAGGGGAUACAGAACAAGAAAAGAAUCAAAGAUCCAAAAGGAAGAAGUAGCAGGGAAGGAGGAGCCAACAGAGCCUGAUAAAAAAGAGCAAGAGCAGGCUCAGUAAUCCAACCACAACUAUCCUGCCAGCAGUCAAGUUUUAGAACAGUUUACAGCAAAGGUCCAAUGAUCCACUUUAGAAGCAUGGAUCAAGUUUAUGAAAUAAAUCAUAGACUUUAAAAACA